UAAGCAGAUGACAGGCUUAUUUGUAGUGUCUGAGGCAUUGAUAAAAACACAACCCAUUCCUUCCCACACACUGCAGCCUCUCAAUGCUCUCACUUUAAUGAGGCCAAUUUAGAAGAAUUGAGAAACUCAAGACUGAAGUAUUUCUUUUCUCUCAUUUUCUUACCUCCACAUUGCAGAUAGCAGCAGUGUGAAGAAGGAACUGCUCAUCCCUCUGAACUGUGCACAGUUGUUUUCAAGGGAUUUGUUGAAGUCAGUGGGACAGAUGCUUCAGGUGUGACUGGGUCAUGGAUGUAACGGUCUCGGGGCAAGUCGGACACGUUGAUGGAAGGCCGGCCGUGAAGGGAUGUCUUUGUGAGGUGCUCCUGCUCUGCCCAGGUGAAUUCAUUGCUGCCUCAGCAUGCGUCUCUUCCUAGAUCCCAGCCCAGGAGUUUCACCACAAUGUGGAAAUGGAUGCUGACUGGCGGCGUCUCCCCCUUUCCUCGCCUCGCCUGCUUCCUCGUGCUGUCCCUGGCCUGCUUGGUGUCCGCCAGCUGCCGCGGAGAGCCGGACGAUGCGCUAACGCUGGAUGCUACAAAUUGCUCCUCGAGCCUGGAGCGCCACACGCGCAGCUACAACCAUUUGCAGGGUGAUGUGCGGUGGCGUAGACUCUACUCUGCCACCAAGUACUUCCUCAAGAUCGACAGAACUGGGAAGGUAAAUGGGACCAGAAAGAAGAACUGUCUGAACAGCAUAAUGGAGAUCAGGUCAGUUAAUGUUGGAGUAGUCGCAAUCAAAGCGGUCAACACUGGCUUUUAUUUGGCCAUGAACAAGAAGGGAAAACUAUACGGCACGGAAGAGUACAACAACAAUUGUCAGUUUAAGGAGAGGAUAGAAGAAAAUGGUUACAAUACCUACGCCUCACUGAAGCGGAAGCACAAAGGGCGACAAAUGUUCAUCUCAUUGAACGGGAAAGGAUCUCCUCGCCGUGGGCACAAAACAAGGAGAAAACAUCUCUCAGCACACUUUCUACCCAUGAUGGUUCCCUAAAGGUCAGCUCGCGCCCACUCGUCCUGAAACUUAUACCAUUUACAAGUCUUGCCACUUGACGCUUCGAAAGAAAGAAAUGCACAUUUUUUUCUUUCUCCCUGGAUCUUAUAUACUGAGCUUUUUUUUUUGCUGCAUAACGCUUGCAGAGGCAACAGAGCAUAGACUGUUGUAAAUAUAGGUUUUAUUGGGACCAUUUACAGAGCCUCUUCAUCAGUAUAACUUUAGGACUAAUGUAGAGGUAAAGAAAGGCCCUUCAGUCACAAUAGACAAAAGACGUGAAUCAGUAGGAUUUAAUGGUCUUUUUAAAAAAGCCUGAAAGAAGCUGAUUUUUUGACUUAGAGUGUGGACAAUGGACAAACAGUGCUAUACUUGUAUGUGGGGGGCGAAGGGGGAGGGAGGGGGGAGUUAACAGGGGAGGGUUGAGCUAUUGAGCACCUAUACCAAAGUUCUAAAUUUGUUGCAAUGCACAGAAGACUAUGCUCUAGUCAAAGAAGACAGCGUUUGUAAUUUGCACCAGCUUUAGCGAGACAAUGUACUUGUAAACCAUUAAAAUCUAACUUCCACGAGUUCCUGGACUGCAUACCAACUGCACUCCCACCAUGGAAGAUCCGCACUCGACCACUGUGAGCUCCGAAGACUGGCGACUCUUCUGCUACGCACAGACAUCAGGGUGAUACAGCCCGGCAAGGCGACCGUUAGAUAGGCUGGUGAUUUUGUAGGAAAGGGUCAUAUUUAUACAACUGUAAAUCGUGAUGUUACUCCUAGAUUAAUGCAAUCAUGGGAACAUUCCUGAUGGUGGUUUCGCUAAAUGGCCAACAUCACUUCAGAACAGGGGAAGCUGCCUUUCAUGUACCGUAACAAUUCAAUAAAGCUCUUUCUUUCCUAGAAAGCACAUGCAAAGAGAUAUUGUUUUCUGAUGGAUUUCUAAAGGUUUACAAUGUGUUUAUUAGAGUGUUGCAACUCUUUUAUAACAUAGUGAAUAAAGUGGUAUCUUAUUAAUUUUA